GCCGCGCGCGCGCGCUACCGCCAGGACUCUGUGUCCCACUUAUUCCUCCCGGCCCUGCGAUGCCGCGUCCGAAGCCGGCCUCUGGCGGUGCGCACGCUCCCUUCCGCCCGGCUCCGGCCAAGCAAGCGGUUCUAAGUAGAUUCUUCCAGCCCACGGGAAUCUUGACAUCGGCCUCUUCAGCGGGUGCAGCUCGGAAGGCUGAGCCCGAUGCUGACUCCACAGCGCACCUAGCGGCGACUCUCCGGGCUCAGAGGCCGCCACACUCGAUUGCAAAAGAUGAAAGAAAUAAAAAGAGACCACUGGAGUAUGAUGGCCCUGUUAUAAAGAAACUAAAGAAUGUUCAAGAAAAGGAAGAAAGAAAUAAUUCAUUGAUGUUUGGGAAUUGUGAGCCAGAGAAAGGCCCAAGGACCAGAAUUGUUUUAAAAUCUCUGGAAAAAUUGAAAGAAUUCUGCUGUGAUUCUGCCCCUCCUCCGAAUAGAUCUCAGACAAAACCUCUUCAGGAAAGAUAUGCACUUCUACCAAAAUGUACUGAUUUUGAUGAUAUCACUCUUUUACGUGCAAAAAAUGCAGUUUCUUCUGAAGAUUCCAAACCUGCUAGCCAAAAGGACAAGACACUUUCGGAUCUCAGUCAUUUUGAAUCAGCACAUACCAGUCAUGAAAACUCACAGAAAACAUUUGAUUCUAAACUACCUAACAAACGGACAAAAAGCAUUUACACACCAUUAGAAUUACAGUACAUAGAAAUGAAGCAACAGCAGAAAGAUGCAAUUUUGUGUGUGGAAUGUGGAUAUAAGUAUAGAUUCUUUGGGGAAGAUGCAGAGAUUGCCGCUCGGGAGCUUAAUAUUUAUUGCCAUUUAGAUCACAACUUUAUGACAGCCAGCAUACCAACCCACAGAUUAUUUGUUCAUGUUCGUCGCCUCGUGGCAAAGGGAUAUAAGGUGGGAGUUGUGAAACAGAUGGAAACAGCAGCAUUAAAGGCCGUCGGGGAUAAUAAAAGUUCCCUCUUUACUCGGAAAUUGACUGCUCUUUAUACAAAAUCUACACUUAUUGGAGAAGAUGUGAAUCCUUUAAUCAAGCUGGAUGAUACUAUAAAUGUUGAUGAGAUAAUGACAGAUAGUUCUACAGGCUUUCUUCUGUGUAUCUGUGAAGAGAAGGAAAAUACUAAAGACCAAAAAAAAGGGAACACUCUCUUUGGAAUCUUGGGAGUGCAGCCUGCCACUGGUGAGGUUGUGUUUGAUAGUUUUCUGGACUCUGCUUGCCGCUCAGAGCUAGAAACUCGAAUCGUGUGCCUGCAGCCAGUGGAGCUGUUGCUUCCAGCACACUUGUCGGAACAAACAGAAAUGCUCAUCCGCAGAACCACUGCUAUUAGUGUGCGGGAUGACAGAAUUCGAGUAGAAAGGAUGGAUGACAUGUAUUUUGAAUAUAGUCAUGCAUUCCAGGCAGUUACAGAGUUUUAUGCAAAAGAGGUCGUUGACGUUAAAGGUUCUCAGGGAUUUUCUGACAUCAUUAACUUGGAAAAACCUGUGAUUUGCUCUUUGGCUGCCAUAAUAAGAUACCUCAAAGAAUUUAACUUGGAAAAGAUGCUCUCUCAACCCAAGAAUUUUAAGCAGUUGUCAGGUGAAAUGGAAUUUAUGACCAUUAAUGGAUCAACAUUAAGGAAUCUGGAAAUUCUGCAAAAUCAGACUGAUAGUAAAACCAAAGGAAGUUUAUUUUGGGUUUUAGAUCAUACUAAAACAUCAUUUGGAAGACGGAAGUUAAAGAAGUGGGUAGCCCAGCCACUCCUUAAAUUAAGGGAAAUACAUACUCGCCUUGAUGCCAUAUCUGAAGUUCUCCAUUCGGAAUCCACUGUGUUUGGUCAGAUAGAAAAUCAUCUACGGAAACUGCCUGACAUAGAGAGAGGACUCUGUAGCAUCUAUCACAAGAAAUGUUCUACUCAGGAGUUCUUCUUGAUGGUCAAAUCCCUUUAUUACCUGAAAUCAGAAUUUCAAACUCUAAUACAUGAUGUUAAUUCCCAUAUACAAUCAGAUUUGCUCAAGUCAUGUAUUUUAGAAAUACCUGAGCUCCUCAGCCCAGUGGAACAUUACUUAAAAGUACUGAAUGAACAAGCUGCCAAAAUUGGGGAUAAAACAGAAUUAUUCAAAGACCUCUCUGAUUUUCCUUUAAUAAAAAAGAGGAAGAAUGAAAUUAAAGAUGUUACAGACAAGAUCCAAUUACAUUUGCAAGAAAUUCGAAAAAUACUUAAAAAUCCAUCUGCACAGUAUGUGACAGUAUCAGGCCAGGAGUUUAUGAUUGAAAUAAAGAAUUCUGCUUUGUCUUGUAUACCAUCUGAUUGGGUUAAGGUUGGAAGCACAAAAGCUGUGAGUCGCUUUCACUCUCCUUUUAUUGUAGAAAAUUACAGACAUCUGAAUCAGCUCCGGGAGCAGCUAGUCCUUGACUGCAAUGCUGAAUGGCUUGAUUUUCUUGAGAAUUUUGGUGAACAUUAUCUCUCCUUGUGUAAAGCAGUACAUCACCUAGCAACGAUUGACUGCAUCUUCUCCCUGGCCAAGGUCGCUAAGCUAGGAGAUUAUUGCCGACCAAUGGUACAAGAAGAACAGAAGAUUGUUAUAAAGAAUGGCCGACAUCCUGUGAUUGACGUGCUGCUGGGAGAACAGAAUCAAUAUGUUCCCAAUAGCACAGAUUUAUCAGGGAAUUCAGAAAGAGUAAUGAUAAUCACUGGACCAAACAUGGGUGGAAAAAGCUCCUACAUAAAACAAGUUGCUUUGAUUACUAUCAUGGCUCAAAUUGGCUCAUAUGUUCCUGCAGAAGAGGCAACAAUUGGAAUUGUGGAUGGAAUUUUUACAAGAAUGGGAGCUGCUGAUAAUAUAUAUAAAGGGCGAAGUACAUUUAUGGAAGAACUGACUGAUACAGCAGAAAUCAUAAGAAAAGCAACACCACGGUCUUUGGUUAUCUUGGAUGAACUGGGUAGAGGAACAAGCACCCAUGAUGGAAUUGCCAUUGCUUAUGCUACACUUGAGUAUUUUAUUAGGGAUGUGAAAUCCUUAACCCUGUUUGUCACCCACUAUCCUCCAGUUUGUGAAUUAGAAAAAAGUUACUCAGAACAAGUGGGCAAUUAUCACAUGGGAUUCUUGGUCAAUGAGGAUGAGAGCAAACACAAUCCAGAUGAAGAAGUCCCUGAUUUUGUCACAUUUCUCUAUCAAAUAACCAGAGGAGUUGCAGCAAGAAGUUAUGGACUAAAUGUAGCUAAACUAGCAGAUGUUCCUGGGGAAAUUUUAAAGAAAGCAGCUAGCAAGUCAAAAGAGCUGGAAGAAUUAGUAAACAUGAAAAGGAGCAAGCUAAAGUGUUUUACAGAGUUAUGGAGCAUCAAUGACAAAAAAGAUCUGCAAAACUGGACAGAACAAUUUAGAAUGGAAGGAAUUCCAGACUUGUCUUCCUGAUUAGAACAGAAACUGUUUUCAAACAAAAGUUGAGGAAUCAAAGUUCCUCUACCAAAAAACAUUUCUUCAGUCACAGCCCAUCUUUG